CGUCCCUCGGCGCCUCUCCCCUGGCUCCUGGCGAGCCGGUCCUGGACCUCCAGGUGCAAAAGGGAAAGCGGCGGCGGCGGCGGCGGCAGCGAGAGGGCGGGUGUCUCUGGGCAGCAGCACCAGUUUUACAACAUUAAUAAGCAGCUAUGGAUCCUGUGUUUACUCCGCUGGAAUGCCUGCUUCCCACUGGAAACCUGAAGAUUUGCCUUCUGAUUCUGAACCAGCCUUUCAACAAAGGUCAUUUUCAUCAUCUGUGGAACAGAGCUGUUCUGAGAGCAUGUGCUGAUGGAGGUGCUAAUCGUCUGUAUCAUAUCACAGAAGGAAGCCAUGAGAGCUUUUUGCCUGAUUACAUCAGUGGGGACUUUGAUUCUAUUAUGCCUGAAGUAAAGGAGUAUUAUACAGUCAAGGGGUGUGAACUCAUAGAGACCCCAGAUCAAGACUUAACAGACUUCACCAAGUGCCUUCAGAUACUCCAGCGGAAGAUAGAAAAGAACAACUUGCAGAUUGACAUGAUUGUAACGUUGGGUGGACUUGGAGGUCGCUUUGACCAGAUCAUGGCAUCUGUGGAAACACUUUUUCAUGCAGUUAAGAUAACACCCUUCCCGGUCAUAGUUAUUCAGGAGAGUUCCCUAAUAUACUUACUUCAACAUGGAAAGCACAAACUACGUGUAAACACAGGACUAGAAGGCAACUGGUGCGGCCUCAUUCCCAUUGGGAGCUCUUGCGACUGUGUCACGACAACAGGCUUGAAGUGGAAUCUCAACAGAAGCAUUCUGAAGUUUGGGACACUCGUCAGCACUUCAAACACUUAUGAUGAGUCUGGAGUUGUGACCAUUGAAACAGACAAACCUUUGCUUUGGACAAUGGGCGUCAAAGAUAAAGGAUGUGCAUAAACUCUCAGCAGUUAUUUUUGUUCAGCCCAAGCCUUAAAGCAAUGCUUCCUGGGAAAAUGUCACUGCACUAUCAAAAUCUAGAUUUCAUGCAUCAGCUGGAUUCUCCACUUCAAGAGUUUAUGAUUCUAUGCAACUUCAAUCUAUAGAAUGCCAGGGAUUUUAGUUUUUUGCUAUUUGAGCAAUGCUGUAUUGUAAGCUUUUUUAGAAUUCUGAACAUUGAUGUGUUUUUUAUAUAUACUGCGCAUAGGAUUUUUUUUAAAGAUUGGAAGGACUGAUAAAGUGAUAUUUAUAUCACUUGAUGAUAUAAAUAACUUACAGACUAGAACACUGUAUAACUUUGUGUUCUGAUAGCUCUAUUCAGCAGAACACAAACAUUCAACUUGCCAGUGGGCUGGAACAAGUAGUGCGCACCCCAAGCCAAAACCCACAAAAUAAGUUGCCAUGAUAAUAUGAUAACCAUGCAUGCAACCUCUGUUGCAUUCAUCUAUAUUUAGCCCAUAGUGUGUGUCAGGGGCCAAAUACAAAUGGAUGCUCACUGAUGACAGCUUGGAUGCAUACAUCACGGGCUCCAGGGACCACUUUUGCUUGUAUUAAAAGGGGAUGGGGAGAGGCAGGCACACAAUGAAAAUGUGUGGAGUGUCUCCCUGGUAAUUACAACAAUCUAUAAGAAACAAAAACAAUUUUUGAGCUAAAACACUUAAUUAUAAUUGCCAAAGUUUAAAUGAACAGUCUGUUUUUAAAAAGGGAAGAUGGCCUAAUGUCGCAUUUUAAACAAGUGUUAUGCAAAUUUUUGCAUUUAAUAAAGGCUACAUUUAAAUAUCAGACUUGUUAUGAAUUUGCUUCUGCUAUUACAUGAGGGAAUAAAGAGAAAAGGGCUCUGUCAGUGCUGAACAUCUUAAGAGGCAACCAGAACUAUAUUUGUAUACAAAGGUUUUACAGUGGUACCUCGGGUUACAGACGCUUCAGGUUACAGACUCCACUAACCCAGAAAUAGUACCUUGGGUUAAGAACUUUGCUUCAGGAUGAGAACAGAUAUCGUGUGGCGGCAACAGGAGGCCCCAUUAGCUAAAGUGGUACUUCAGGUUAAGAACAGUUUCAGGUUAAGAACGGACCUCCAGAGCGAACUAAGUUCUUAACCUGAGGUACCACUGCAAAGAGUUUGGAGUGUCCAUGCGCUGCUCAGUUUAUUCAACUAUUGAUGCUCCCCUCCCCAGACACUGAAGAGAUUGAGCAUUUCAUAAAACCUGAUUUGACCUCAAAGGUUGCAUCAUUCAGUUUACUAAGCAUAAAGUUUUAAGUCUUAAGUCAGUGACAUUGGCCUACACGUGCUUGCAUUAACCAACUAAGAAGCCACACCAGUUUUACUUUAAAAUCUGUUUAUAACGACAAGUAGCAAAAGAUGAUUUAGGAAGAUUAUGUCAGAAAGGUCAGAAUGUUCUCUUUUGUUACCACAAGCAAAAUCAAGUUACAUGUCUUCUUGAUGCAUUCAGCCACCCCUGUAAAAAAGAAAAAAAGACAACACAAUCACAGAGGCACUUAAUAGCAUUUUACUUUUUGUUUUUAAAGUAAUGUCCCCCCUUUAAAAAAAAAUCAAAAAAUCUUUGCUUAAAGCUACCAUCCUAUUUGUUUUUAGCAGCAUGCCUUUCCCUUCUGUAAGCAAUAGAAAAGUAGCCUGCACAUACUUUAAAUAAAUAAGGUAAAAAGGUAAAGGACCCGUGGAUGGUUAAGUCCAGUUGGAGUGUGGCACUCAUCUCCACUUUCAGGCCAAGGGAAUACAUAGUACAGAUUCAAAGUAGGUAUCUAUGUUAUUUAAGUAUGUCAGUGCAUACAGGAUUCUAAAGACGACAUCAUGAGAGCCAGAGAUCACAGCAGAGUGCACAAAAAUCCAAUUUUAGUACAUUGCUCACAAGUUGUUGUUUUAUACCAGCAAUAUCAAUUAUGAUGCAUGUACUUACACAAUGAUGUUGUUGAUUGGAAUAUGGAUCAGUUUUACAAAGAAACCAAUAAAUCCCAUUAUUGCAAAUCCUAUUGCUGUUGCCAUAGCAAUCUUCUGGAAUUCUGGAAUUUUAAAAAAAAAUGUAUUUAAAAAACGUACUCUUAAAUGAAUUUUGAAUAAUUACAACCAAAUGUGUUUUUAUAUUUAGCCAGGAAUACUUGAACAAUUGGAGGAGACUAUGAAGUUUUUCUGAUUUAAAUCUGGUUAUUAUUUGAAAAUAAGUGUGUGACCAUCACCACCCUGCCUAUUCACUGAGCACAUGCUAGCCUCCCCCUCCCCUCCCCCACUUACAAAAUGCCUACACUUUCUGAGUUAAAGGGCCCAUGCCUCCCAUAACUUGCUAAGUUAGAAUCAUAGAAUUGUAGAGUUGGAAGGGACACCAAGGGUCAUCUAGUCCAACCCCCUGCAAUGCAGGAAUCUCAGCUAGAAGCGUCCAUGGCAGACGGCCAUCCAACCUCUGUUAAAAACCUCUAAGCAACGAGAGUCCACAACCUCCUGAGGGAGUCUGCUCAACUGUUGAACAGUUCACACUGUCAGAAAGUUCUUCCUGGUGUUUAGUCAGAAUCUCCUUUCUUGUAACUUGAAUCUAUUGGUUCAAGUCCUACCCUCCCAUGCAGGAGAAAGCAAGCUUGCUCCCUCUUCCGUGUGAUACCCUUUCAGAUAUUUGAAGAUGGCAAUCAUAUAAGCUGCUCCUUAUAUGAGCACCCUGAGCACAAUUGCCACCUUGUAUCCUUUAGUCUGUCAAAUGACUCCUGGACCAAAUAUGUAUAUUGCUGCAGGCAAAGACAUUUUCACCCACAAAGCAAAAUUGAUGUGGCAGCUAAGAAAAUACAAGCCAGGUUCAAAAAAACAUAGGGGUGAGUGGGCUGUGUUUUUGUUUUAUUGCAUUUUUAACACCUGUAUAUCUUAUUGAAGAGGGAAAAUGCAUUGAUUAAAUUAGGGAGUUGUUUUUUUCAUUUUUCUGUUUAUGUUUGCUAAAUACAUCAAAAUGACAGCUUGCUGUAUUUAUACUGUGGUGACCUAUGGCUUCAAUAAUAAAGCUUAUAUAUUGAUUCA